UUAAAGACGUAUAAGAUAUAUUUUAUUGGACAAUGCAGGAAUUUUCCACUUUUGAAAAACAUCAAGAAAACAUAAAGAACCGCUAAAUGGAACAGUAGUAUAGUAGUAUAAUAGCAUAAUAACAGUGGACUAGUUACAUAGUAGAAUAGUAAGAUAGCAGUAUUGUAGAAUUUUAUAAUAGUGGUAUAUUAGUAUACUGAAAUAGUAGGAUAUCAGUAUUGUACUAAUAAUAUUUAAAACUGGUAGGCAAUGUAUACCAUGACAAACAUCACGACUUUCAUUAUUAUCUACAGUAAGGAUUGGGUAAUAAAGAAGAGUUUGUUGCUCCUGAAACAUCAUCCUUCAGGAAAACUAUCAUAGAAAUAUAAUCGAGCUUCACACGGCAUCGUGUCGUGGUUUGAACGAAAAGAGAAAGAGACAGGAUUCCGUCCAGUUGACCAGAGGGAAAUGGGCCAAUCAGAGCUCAGAGUGACUUGCGUUCGAAUCGGGAGAGUUCGGGCUGGGACGAGGUAAGCACGAUUUGUGCUUCGUUCGUGAAUCUUGCAAUUCGCUUCAAUUCAGCCAGUUGAGAAGGAACGCUUCUGGUGGAAUGUCGUGUUUUAACGCUGCAGUUUAUAUCUAUCGUAUAUAGGCAGCAUUAAUUAACUCUACCAUAAAAACGGUACUUUCCAUUUCCAACAUACAUUGAUCGGUAUAUACAGUUCGUACAGUGAUUUGUAUUGUGAUGCGUUAAAAUUUUCACUCGAAUUUGCAUAUACACGACGGUGCCAUUUGACAGUUUACCGCUUCGUCCUAUAGUUUGGGUCGAUGCAAUUGUUGAAAGGAUUAACCAAAACAUCCCCGAUCUAAAUGGAGUGAUUCUUCCUCUGGGUCAAGAAGCUUUGUUUGAUUUGUAAGACGCUGUUAAACUCGUGUCACAGUGGACGCAGUUAAGGGGUUAAUCAUACCUGUUGUAUUUGUCAGCUGCAAUGCCCAGGCAAACACCAACGACGGUGAACACGGCGAUAAAACUGGGACCAGCCAGGAUUUGAUAGUCCAGUCCAAGGCCAUUGUAGUUCCAUUCGCAGUAGUAGGAUCCGUUCAGUUCCAGGGACUCGCAACUGUGAAACAAAAUACCUUCAACCAGGUGGUACUGAUUUGAUCGAAGUGUCCUUGGAGUAACCUAGAAGCUUGGAGGACGUAGUCAGAAGAAUUUAACACAAUCUUAUGUAGUUUUGUGUUGGGUACAUUAACCUUCUACUUUACGUUCUCAAAAUUUUAGCUUAUUUUCUCGCACACGUUUUUUCAUAUAAAUUGUUAGUACACGUUCAGAGGAUUUUGUUAAAAAUACAAGCUUGAUAGCUUAAUUUCAACCAAAACAUUUAAUUAAGACAUUUUUCCUUUGUUUUAAGUGUCCUUGGAGUAACCUAGAAGCUUGGAGGACGUAGUCAGAAGAAUUUAACACAAUCUUAGCAAGUUUCAGUUUUAGUGCGUACGGGACUGUGUUUCGAAGAUUGCGGGUUUUAGCAUGUGAGUCGUGGAGAUGAUCUCGAUGGUAUGGGUACUCGCUUGGUAUUGCUUCGGGAGCCAUGCUGAAUUCUGGAUAAUGGAACGACGUAGCUUCGAGACGGCAGGCGUAAACAGUAGAUGAGCGAAUGGAAGGCGAAAGAGCGAGACAGUCGCUCUUCUUCAACAAAGAGUCACAUUAAAGAACCCCGGUCAGAGCAAGAAAUCAAACCAUGGGCUCGUUACCGAAUCUUCACGAAUUGUCGAAGGAGAAGCUGGGGAGUCCUGCUUACAGACCCGCGCCCAUCGGUGGUUUGGGACCCAUACGAUUGCCAGCCCAGCCUCCACCGUUAGCCCACACUCACAGACGAGCCAGGAGCAGUGGUCAUCAUCACACUCUGUGGGACAAUGAUACCAUGCUGGAGCACAUGGCAGCGUACUCUCCCAUCUCAUGUCGCUCAACAAGGACAUCCGCCUUAUCUUGGCGUCGAAGGGACUCCAUGAACUCAUCAGCAGGAGCAUCAUCCGUGCGUCGUCUGAUAGCAGCGGUUAGAGCAGCACCUUCCGGACCAAGGCCGCCGAAAAAGGCCAUCUUGAGGCACUGUGCAGCCCUGCUAUUAGGGCACGCGAGCUGCUCGGCCGCCACUCUGCCCAUAUUCCCGUUGCAGGCUGGUCUGGGCACCUUCAACCCUCAACUGGGACCCAUGUUGCUGGCUCUUCUCUAUGCAACUGCAACCAUCACCAGCUGCUUCGCGCCGAUCCUCGUUCAGCGAUUUGGCACGAAUCUUGCGAUAAGCAGCAGCCACGUGGCCACCACUAUUUUCGUCGGCGUGCAUCUGUAUCCGAAAUGGUACAUAUUGCUACCAAGUUACGCCAUGCUAGGUGCUUGUGUGAGUCCAAGCUUCAUAGCCCGAGUGUCUCACGUGAACGCUUCAGCAACCAGUUUAGCCCUGGUCUGCGUCGACCCUGAGGAUCCCGACGAGACAAGACGCGAGUGCCUUUUGAGAAGACUUAAUCGUGGGAUUAAAUUAGCGGAAGACAUGGGUCUAGCACUGGGUUGUCUGAUCGCUGCCAUACUCGUGAAACUAACGAAUUCCGUUUCUAUUAGUACAAUAAACGGCGAAGUGUACGACAAAUGCGGAGCAGAAUACUGUCCUGAAGAGAUUUAUCUUUACAAUGGCACAACUAAUUUACCUACGUUGUCGUCGGGCACGUCAAAGAUGUUAGUUAGCAUAUGGCUCGGUCUCGCUGUCCUAGGUUUAAGUAUAUCCUGUGCUUUCCUCGAUUCUAGAAUGAAGGAACCACAGACUGUUAAUGAAAAGCAUAGCACGAAAAGUAUUCUCGCGUCUAUUAAAGCUGCGUUUCAAGAUCCUAAGUUGCAACUGGCCGCGCCGUUGACACUUUUCAUCGGACUUGAACAGGGUUUCAUCUACGCGGAUUUUAUAGAAGCAUACGUAGUCUGUGCACUGGGAGGAGCAGGUACAGUGACGCUAAGUUUUUUGAGUUUGGCAUCCCUGCAAGCCCUUGCCGGUGCAACUUUGUCGAUGCUUUUGAGACACAUUAAAAGGUAUUUUGUUGUAGUUGUAGGAUUUGUAUUUCACGCGUGUUUAUUACUGGUCUUGAUCACUUGGAGACCGUCUGGUGACGAUCCAGCACUUUUUCACGUUAUAUCUGCUGCCUGGGGUGUUUGCAACUCUAUUUGGGAAACUUUGAUAUACACAUUAGUAUUGGGACUAUAUCCAAACUCUUGGCAAGGACCACUAUCGACCUCCCUAUUCUGGAGAUGGCUAGGACUUGCCCUGACUCUCGGUCUGCACGGACUAGUCUGCACACGCUUUCGAGUACUCGGUCUCGCCUGCGUGCUGCUUCUGUCCGUAGUUCCUUACAUAUGGUUAGAAAUCAGAUUGGCGAAAAGAGGUAAAAGCUUGGCGCCAUUGUGACUGAGAGACGCGACUACGAGUGAGCAUGGUUCCACCACGAAGAUAGAAGCUCGUUACAGAGAUUGAGAUAAGUUCGUUCCAUUUGGCUUGAGAAGGACUAGGAGACACACAAACAGAAAGCUGUUCGCGGGUCACGGUAUAUGUAGAACGAAGAAGCACACGAGGCGUAGGGUGAACAGCGUCGCGUUCGCAUGCAACACCGAAGAAAAUCAAAUUACGAGUAUCAGCACGAUCGAACAGAAUGUGACCGCGAAGGAGACAGUUGCGGAGAUAUCUUUGCCGACGAAUGAGCAUGAAACGAGCGUCACAGACCACGACUCUAGUGUUCUUCCUGUCUCCGAAGGCUGAUUUUCUAGUAAUCAUCAAAUUUCUGUUUACCCGUCUCUACUGAGCAAUACUCUUAUUUUGUAUCCGCGUUAACGAUGAACGAGAACGAUUUACUCUGUCAAUUGAUUGCUCGGUCUUUCUUGAAAGUUGAAUGGAACGAACGCGAUUAACAAAACCACGCAAAUGCUCUUACAAUGAAUCUCUUGUUCGUACAAGACUGAACAACGGACGAACGAUCAUCGUAGUAUCUUUCUGACAAAUCAUUGACGUUGAAACGUCGAAACGUACCUGAUGUCUUUCAAAACAAAAUUAAUUUUAAUCGUGCGCUGAAGGAAAAAAAGAUAUCUGCCCCGUAUCACACAGAAUCGAAACUGGAGUACUAUAAAAAUGUUUUAAUAAUAAGCGUAGACGUCUAAUUUAACGGUAAUUACAUAUUCACGGCUGACAGCCGAAGCUUAUCACUCGCAUAAAUUAAGUAACAGUUCAUUGUACAAAUUAUACAUUUUUAAAUUAAAAGACAAAAAAAAGGAGUACGCUUCAACGAACGAGGAAAUCACGUUUGCUCGACUUCUCUUCACGCUAAUUACAAUAUCGACACACUCGCCGAUCGAUCGUUUCUAUUAAAUCGGGUACUGUAAGUCUUUAUUAACACUCUCAGACCCAACUGUGUAAUACCACACUCAGCGGAGGAAACGGUUACCUCUAGAUGUUACCCUGGGAUCGAACGUGUUAAAUAAGAUAUUUAUUUUCUAUAUAUUAUUUGUUACUUUUGCGAUCGUGUACAUCUUUAAGAAUUCAAAUACUCUGUCCUCUGUAUAAUGACCAACUGUAUCAUAUAGAAACAUUUAAAUAUUUGAUAUUUACGGUGUUUUCGGUACAUUUCGGUGCAAUGCAGGCUUCCCUUUUGGUAAGGGUAGAGGCAUGGAGUCGCCUACUACUGUAACCUUGGGAUAAUCUAGGAAAAACCCAAACAAACGCUUGGAAAGGCUCAGGUAGACUCUAGGAACUUUUCAGACACUAAACAUUAGUUUCACUAAAAUAAAAAACAGUAGGAACAUUUUUGGAUUUUGGGAUUCCCAGUUUUAGUUUUUUUAAUGUGGAACAUUUUGAGACCCUGGUACUUUGGAACAGAAGGAGUCUGGAAGUUAGAGACUGAAAUCUUGGGAUUUCCAGUUCCUAGAAAAAUCCAGAGAGAUAUAAAGGAAAGCAUAGAAAAGAAUCCGGAAAGAGGAUUCUAAGGAGAUUCUAGAAAAGAUAAGAAACUAAUCAUAGAAAAAGUCCAAACAGAACCUAAAAAAGGUCUAGGAAAAUAUGAGAAAAAACUAGAAAUUGUAGAAGAGUCAAAAAAGAAGAGAGAAUGCAGGAGAAUCCCAAGGAAGGACUUGAGAGUGCCAGGGAGAGACUUGAGAAUCCCAGGGAGAGCACCUAGAACAUUCUAUCCUAACACAUAAAGGAUAUGAAUAAAUAAAUGUUAGGUUGCUUCUUUUCCCACAGUUUUUGUUAAUUAAGAGAAGCCUAAAUUGCACGUGACAGUACAUCAUCUUCCAACGCAUUGUGUCAUAAGUAUACAUUUAAUUAUGCUUACCAUAAUCGUCAUUAUAUUAAUAACACAGUUGUGUUUUAUUAAAGAUUUUAAACUAAAGAAAUCAUAACACUUUUUAAAUACAUGUUAUCUUGGGCAUCGUUACAAAAUUUAACAAAAAAAUCAACAUGUUUAACAGUAACUUUAGUGGAUAGAUAUUUAUAUGAAAUAUUUCCUAAUCUAUAAGAUUAACGAGAGGCAAAUAGCAGGCUAUUUGUAUGUUCUCCAUAAAACAAAAUCAUCCUUGUUGCCAUCAUUUUCAAAAUACGACUGAUGAAUUUAUAUAAAUUCAUAAUUAUGUAUCCAAACAAGAAAAAAUAACCAAUGUAAAGUUAAAUCAUGUAACAGUAUGAUAUUUGUAUGUACACUGAAUAUAUUUUGCAAUCUUGAAAUAAAUUGUACUAUUAAAGUCGAUUUAAGGAAAACUAAAAAGAAACAGUUCAAAGUGAAGCGCAGGAGAAAAUAUUGUUGAUCGUUAAAGACACUAGGACAAGAAACUACUUCCAAUGGAUCCUCAAAUAUUCAGCAAUAAAUUUGCUCAUUCUGCUUUCGAUAAGAAGCUUCAAUUAUUCAACCAAAAUUAUAUAUACAAAACAAAAGAUGGAAGCAAAUGUUCCUGUCCUAGUAUACGUGUAUGAAUUUCUAAGUGGUAUUGGAAAGGCGUACACUAAUUGUAUUUCAAGAAAUAAUAAAUAUUAUCUUAUUUUA